CUGUACUUCUGUCGACAUUAAAAAAUUAUUUCAUUCAGUCUUCGCAUGUAACAUUAUUUUUGUUGCUAGAUAGUAUUAAAUUUGUAUAAAUUCUAUUUGUUUAGCUUUUUUGCCUUUUUUUAAUAAAAGUAAAUCUAAUGUUGGAUAUUGAAUUACAAAAACUUAUAAAAACAUAGUGUCGUCAUAAAGUGAUUGUCAAAGUGUCUAUAUUUUAUCAUAAUCGUAAUCAUUAUUCAGUGAUAUUAAAAUUGUUUCAUUACGAUGUGGCGCAGGUAGUAAAUUUAAAAACCGCGUGUGAAAUGUCACAACAUGGAUGCCCUGAGAGACUGUCGAAUAGAUCAAAGGGCUUUCAGGAAGAUGGGUCGAGUCAGCCCACGAUGGAAGUUUUGGUGGAAACCCUCACAGGCACGGCGUUCGAAAUGACCGUUUCUCCGUCUGACACUAUAUUUGCGAUCAAAUCGAAGAUAUACAGGGUAGAAGGUAUCCCGGUAUCGCAACAACACUUGCUGUACAACCUUCGCGAGUUGGACGACGGCCUGUCUCUCAGCGAACAUGCCAUCGGUGACGGCGCUCGCCUCCGUUUAGUGUUAGGGCUCCGCGGCGGGCCCGUCGCUACCAGACGACUCCCGCCACCGGAGCCCUGGAGGGACAUCGAACGGUUCCUCCAUCUACACAAGUCAGACGAGGAUGACGCGGAGUGGAACGGUUCCGAGUCGGGAUGUAAGGCGACCGUGUUGGUGUUCAGAGAAGGAGAGAGGGUGAACCUGGUGCCGGUCCGGGAGAACAGAGAUGGCACAUACUCGCCGCUCGACCACAAUAAGUAUUCAUCAUCCCUAAGUCACCUAGUGGAGGCGGGCGAGGGCGCGGGAGGCGGAGCGCUACACGAGAACGCUGUCACUCUGGGGAAGAUGCUGGAGUUGAGGAGACGCAUGGAGACACUGGCGCUGCACAGACGACCACCCGACAGGACGGGCGAGUCUCAUGACAUCCAGAAGACGAGGAGCGAGGAGACCUUGUCCGUGCCGAGCCUGCUGGACGAGGCCGCGGAGUUCGCUGGCAGGAGCUACGCCGGCUUCGGGGACGAGGAGGGCUUCGCCCCCCUCUACGACGGCAGCUACACGCGCUACGACUACGACUGCGGGUUCACCGACCGCUACACGCUUCUGCCGCCUAUCGCCGCCAGGACGGACUCCGACCAGUCCAUCCAGGAUUCCGUCGCCGAAGAACGUUUCAAGCUGUCGGAAGCCCUCGCGGGGUCCAUACUGGUCAAAGCGCGGGAGGGCCGCGAGGACGACGCCAUCCUGGAGGAGUGCGUGGACGCCGAGCCGUGUCUGAGGAGGAACUCUCCACCGUUCGCAGCCAACAACCUGGCGCCCGUGGCAGCAGAAUACGGCGCGGCGUCAGUGGGCGCUCGUUGGCGGCGCUCGUCGUCCUCCCUGGGCGCUCGGGCCGCGCCCCUCGCUGACACACUGUUCUGUUCCUCCACAUCCGACCUGGAACAGCUGCGACGCAACAGGAUCCUGCCGGCGCUGAGUCGUCACCGGAACCGCGAGCACCUGCACCUGAGCGACGAGGGCCUGGAUCUGACGCGGCCGGAGCCCGAGACGGAACCGGAUAAGAAGACGCGCGUGCGCUGCGGCUUCUGCAGGAAGAGGCUCAGCAUCGCCACCGUCCACACGUGCCGCUGCGGGGCCUCGUUCUGCGCGCCGCACAGGUACGCGGAGGUCCACGGCUGCGCCUACGACUACAAGGACGAGGCCCGGGACCUCUUGCGCCGCGCCAACCCCGUCGUCGGCGCGCCCAAGCUACCCAAGAUAUAGUACCACCCACACUGACCUCACCGACUCGGGCUCUGGACGGACAAAUUGGUAGCGAAUCGGUGACGUCGUGUGAAGCAAGGAUACGAAAAGUUUCGGCCGUUCAUUGACCCGGAGACAUGCGGAUCCGACCGUCGUUAGUUCGUUUCACCGUUUCGGAGGUAGAGAGAAGAAAAUCGUCCCAAAGUCAAGCGAGAGACUGUCGCGUCGGCGGACUGCGGCACACCAAGCUGAAUAAGAUGUGUUGAACCUCGUCAGCACGCGCGUCGCGGCGGAGAAGACGACGUCGGACAAAUAACUAUUAGUGUAAUGAAAAACAUAUAUAUUGAGAGUUAAUAAACGUUACGCCACGCCCUGCGGCUGCCGCCGGAGGUGCUCGUUAGUGCUAGGCCACUUCUACUGUUGUAUACUGUAAUGCGUCGGGACGUUAGUGUAGUCGCUACUAACCCCGGCCGGCCGUCCCCGGGGCCGCUCGCUCGUCUCACGGAGCUGUUGGUACGUUUUUUGUUACCAAAAAAUAUGAGAUGCCAACAGCGCAGUGCGCCGAGAGAUCCGUCGCCGGAGACGCGCCGCCGGCCGGUCUUUUUAUUUGUAUCCUUAUAUACAUUUUUUAUUAAUAUAUUGUGCGGUAUUUGCUUUGAAUAACCUGAUAACAGUCGCCUGCCGCGUGUGACGGAGGGCUAUCGUCGGAACUAUAUUUUGUAUAAAAUAUAUUUUGAACGGAAGCGUUCGCUGAAUUGUUGAUUCUCUGAUACAAGCCCGCCCCAGCCCGCCCCAGCCCGCCCCAGCCCGCCCCAGCCCGGCCCAGCUCGGCCCAGCUCGGCCCAGCUCGGCCCCGCGCGACGAGUUCCUAUGAUGUGUACACGAAUGAAUUGAAAAAUAAUUGUAUUGUUAUAUGAGACAGUAAUAACAGGCUGUUGAUAUUUU